AUGAAGGGCGAAAGACUCCGGUCGACCUUUGGCCUGCUUCUGCAGAGCGGCAGCGCCUUUUCAAGGACAGGACAAAUCCGACAACUCCACAAGACACGGCCUGCGCACCCGAUCCCCAAGCCUCGACCGUUCGUCCCAGAUGUACCGACUUUUCUCACCCUGAUUGGUCGCGGCCUCAACAAGUACGCCAACAAGUUCCCCUCAUGGAACGCUCUCUUCUCCCUCACUUCGCCGCAACUCAAGGAGCUGGGCAUCGAGCCACCCCGAAACCGAAAGUAUCUUUUGCACUGGAUGCAGCGAUAUAGAAAUGGUUCUCUGGGUCCUGGUGGCGAUUUCCAGUACGUCAAGGACGGAGAGGCCAUCCUGAAGGUUGCGACACCACCUCCAUCGGCCCUCAGCGAUACGAAAUGGGUUGUCAAUGUGCCCGCCGAGUUUGACCCCGAGGCUCCUCCCCCAAAGCCCGCUCCCAAGAAGAUUGAAGAUGGUGAGGAUACAGGAUCGUAUCUGGUGCGACCAAACGGAUAUAAAGUUGUGGGUCACAAGACGAUUGCUGGUCCUUAUGCCAAGCCUCUCCCCGGAGUCUCAGGAGUAGUUGUGAAGGUCACGGAAGGAAUGUGGGAGGACAAACAGGGUCGCAAGAUUGACGGUGGUGAGCGCAGAAGAGCCGAGACCCGGUUCAAGAAGAGAUCUGCGGAGAGAAGAGCUGAGCGUGAGGCCGAGUUGUUGGCCAAUAUGUAA